UAAUUUUAAGUAGCAUAAUGUCAUACACCAAAGCACUCAAAAGAUUACAAACCAUUCGAGCACAUGUGGCUCCAAAUUUGGUUGAAGAGACUAAGGAAGGAGAUAACUCCACACAUUCAGAUAGCAUGUUGAGAAAUGUGAGCAAUAAAAAGGCUUCUAUCUGGUCUGGAUUUCAUCAGAAACCCAUAAAAGACAGAAUAAACUUGUUAAAGAGACUUUAUCCCACUCUGGAUGGAGACAUCUUCUUGAAGGGAAGCCUUACCCCAGCACAAGCAGAUAUGAUGGUCGAGAACUGUGUGGGAAAGAUAGAGCUCCCUCUUGGACUCGGAUUAAACUUCUUGAUCAAUGGGAAGGAAUAUGUUGUUCCAAUGGCUCUUGAGGAACCAUCUGUCAUCGCAGCAGCUAGCUCAGUGGCCAAAUUCGUUUCAGAGAGAGGUGGUGGAUUCAAAGUCCAUACUACAGCCCCUGUCAUGGCCUCCCAGAUCGUUUUCAUUGGUGUGAACUAUAGUAGUGCCAAAUACUUGGUCGACAUGAACUCACAAAAGAUUGUAGAUUUCUGUAAUUCUCACUGCAGAGUCAUGGUUAGUUAUGGUGGUGGAUGCAGAGGAGUCAGGACAAAGAAAAUUUAUGAACUCCAAACAGAAGAUGAAUCCAGGGAUGUCAUGGUAGUCGAGCUCCUCAUCGAUGUCCAAGAAUCAAUGGGAAUGAAUCUUUGUAACACAUUAGCAGAGAGGUGAUCUGAAUUUAUUAGAAAUAUCAUCGGAGAAGGGAAAAUUGGGCUAAGAAUUGCGACCAAUUUGUGCGUCGAAAGAAUGGCAACUUCCUUUUUCAAGAUCCCUGUUGAUAAGUUAGCAUGGAAGGAUCUCAAUGGCAAAGAAGUUGCUCAAGGAAUUAUCAGAGCAUAUGAAUUUGCUGUACAUGAUAUUAAGAGAACUGCCACUCAUAACAAGGGUAUCAUGAAUGGAGUUGAUGCAGUUGCUCUUGCUUUGGGACAAGAUUGGAGAGGUAUUGAAGCAGCAGCUCAUACUUAUGCCACUUUAGAUGGUGGAUACAGGCCACUAACCAAAUAUAGAAUUGCUAAAGAUACAAGCGGAAGAGAGUUCCUUUUAGGAGAACUUGAGUUACCAAUAGCUUGUGCUAGUAAAGGAGGAGUCUUAGGUACUAAUCCUGCAUAUAAUGCUACACAUCUCGUUGCUGGACAGCCAACUGGAAGACAAAUUGCAGGCAUCCUUGUCUCUGUGGGUCUUGCUCAAAAUUUUGCAGCCAUGAGAGCCUUAGCUGUUGAAGGAAUUCAAAAAGGACACAUGACUCUCCACGCUAAAAACAUAGCAGUAUCCGCUGGAGUACCUCCAAAUUUGAUUGACGAAGUUGUUGCUUUCAUGAGCAGCAAAGGAACAUUUGAUGUAGGCACAGUAGAAGACUACAUGAAGGCACAUAAGAUUUAUUCUGUCACCAAAAAGGGUAAUAUUUCUGAAAGUAGCAAGAAGACUUUCAGUACAUGCUUUGUAAAAAUUGACCAUCCAGACUUGGCAGAGACUAUUAUUCUAAACUUGAUUAUUGAAACUCCGGAAGAUCAGAAACCAAUUCAUUUGAGCAUUACUCAAGACCCAGAGGAUAAGAAAGCAUUCGGUAAAAUAUUUGGGGAUCACUCUUAUGAUUGGAUUCUUAAAAUUUUGCUUUUGUCAAACCAGCUCACAGAAGUAACUGAGCUACCAGGAUACCAGAAGACUCACCAAGCAUCUCUUUGCUACAGACUGAAGUUAAUCACAAUCCUCAUCAACAGAGUGGUGACUGCUAUUCUCAGAAACUAUAAAGAGGAAGGAAUUGAGAUUAUUGAGAGUGUAUACUCAGUAUGUAAAGGAUCAAAUGUUGAAUACAAGAUUCCAUCAAGUCACUUCUUCCUUCACAACCUCCUCACCGAGUUGAUUGCUACCUACAGAUACUACAUUGAUGAGAACAUUGACAACAAGUUCCUAAGAGAGGCCCUUAUUGAAGAUAUUAUGAUCAGUCUUUUUGGACUCAAGGAAAGCUACAAAUAUCUUUAUGGAAUCACAGGAUUGACAAAGGAGAAUUACUCAAUUUUCAUUGGCCACUCUAGCAAGAGGAUCAAUCUAACCCAAGUUUUGCUUAUUGACAUCCUAGCAUGUGACCAGAGCAGGAUCACUAGUGAGUACAUCAAGCACAUUGUUGCAUUGGGACAGGUCAUUGAGCUUAAAGCUGUCUCUAUUAGAGAUGUUCACAAAGCAGAGCUAAACGAUAAUUCAAACUACAACUGUUAUUACAAUUGGCUGAAGAUUCAUGGCAAAGAUGCCCAGAGGAUGAAUGAAAAGAACAAAGUAGAAUUCCUUAAAUCAGUGGAUGAGCUCAACGCUGGCAAGAUUAGUGUUGAUACUUCAAAGAUUAUGAACCAGAUCAAGUUCAAUCUCUUGUUGCUGAACGUCUAGGCCCAACAUGGAUAAAUCUCAGGGUUUG